AUGAACUUCUCUGAACUAGUGACUUUUUCUGGCUUAGUACAGUUUUCCCCUGAUUCAAAAUACUUCGCAGUCGUAAAGCAAACUGCCCUAACAAUUUAUUCAGUUUCUGACAUAGAAACACUUGCAAAUUGGCCAUUAGCUGACCAACCCUCAAAUUUGGAAUGGAGCCGAGACUCUAGAUAUCUACUUACAACCCAUCAAAAACGAGGAAUUGUUCAAAUUUAUUCAGUUGCAGAUCAAGCCUGAAGUGGCCGCAUAACUUUAACUCCUUGUGGUGUUGCAAAUGCAUUUUGGUCUCCAGAUUCGCUUCAGAUCCUCGCAAUCACAGAUUUCGAACUUAGACUCAGUGCUUGGAAUUUGACUGAUAUGAGCGUUUAUCAUAUAAAAAAUCCCAAAUUCAAUGAUAAAGGCUACUCUUUUAGUAGUGAUGGGAAAUUCAUGAUCCUAGCUGAAAGAAAUGAAGGCAAAGAUUAUAUUGGGAUUUAUUACACAGGUGACUGGCAAGUGGUCAAUCAUUUUGCAACUGAAACUUUUGAUUUGGAAGACGCAAAGUGGACCCCUGACGAUACUGCAAUUAUUGUAUGGGAUAGCUGCUUAGUGUAUUCCUUAAUAAUUUAUUCGCCGCUUGGAACUCCAUUAGCAAGACAUAGACCUUAUGAUAAUGGAUUAGGCAUAAAAACACUUACUCCACCCUUUUGUGAACGAACAAAACCAUUGGAAAAAUCCCUAUUUUUCGCCCAAAAACCCACCCUCCGUGAGCGAACAAAACCAUUGGAAAAAUCCCUAUUUUUCGCCAAAAAAACCCACCCUCCGUGAGCGAACAAAAAUUUUUUUAAUAUAUAAGUGAGAAUUAGUAUAAUGAAAUCUCUAGCUAAUUCUGUUAAAUUUUAAACAGCUUGCAUUUUAAAACAUAUAUUUUACAAAUUAAAUAAAUAUUGCUUUCCAAUUUUUGUGAAUUGGGACUUUUUUAAAUUUCGAAAAAAAAAUUUAUGAAAAAUUAUAUAUAAAUAUUUUAAAAAAAAACCCUCCGUGAGUGAACAUAUUUUUUUUGUUCGCUCAUGGAGAGGGAAGUUAGUGUUUCUCCAAACGGAACAUUUAUAGCAGCUGGAUCAUAUGACCAAAGUGCAAGAGUUUUUACCAAAAUUUCAUGAAGGUUUUUAAGUGAAUUUCCUCAUCAAAAUCAAAUAACUGAAGGAAGCGACAUCCACAUCUAUAAGGAAGAAGAAUAUAACGAAAGUUUGGGCUUUGGAGGAGCUGAAGAAAGAUUGACAUCGAAAUAUGGCAUGCAGGAAAUUCCAGUUAAAUUGCCAACAUUGAAGGUGCCUAAAGACAAGCCAAAUCCGCCUACAGGAGUUUCACUGUGUGAGUGGAGCAAUAAUACAAAUUAUUUAGCAACUAGAAAUGAUAGCCAGCCAAAUGUGCUUUGGCUAUGGAAUAUGGCAACUCUUUCAUUAAAUGUCAUACUUAUUCAGCAGCAGCCUAUAAAGAAUGCUGAAUGAAACUCAAAAACGCUUCAUCUAGCUUUUUGUACUGGGACUCCAAGGCUAUUUUUGUGGAGUCUUGAAGGAGCUUCAGUUUGCGAUGUUCCAUUGGAAAAUAAAGAUUUCAAAGUUCAGAAAAUUGUUUGGAGUCCUGAUGGGCAAAGCAUGAUUUUGAUGGAUAAAAACAAAUUACUGAUAGCGUAUCCUCAAUUUGAGGUGCUGGAAGCUGGAAAUGAAGAAUAUUUUUAA